AUGGGCGCCGGGACCCGCCGCGCAUUCCAGCGUGGCCCACGUGACGCGGCCGCGCGGCCUGAGGUAAACAACCGCGGCCCCGCCUCCCCGCCCCUCCGCGCGCGCCCUGCACGGCUCCUCUUCGCGGGCGGGACGCGCUCCUGCGGGGCGGGCGGCUUCCUCCGAGUCCCCAGCGGCCGCCGGGGCCGGAGCAGCGGCAGCGGGCGCGGCGCCCCGAGCCUGCUGGCCCAGCACACCGGCAGGGGUCGGGCGCGCGUUCCCUCCCCGCCCCCACCGCGCGCUGUCUGUGGCGCAGCAGGAAUUUGGCGGGGACCCGGGCGCUAUUGGCGGCUCUCCGCGGGCGUCCGGCGGCUCUUCUCGGAUCAUUUCUAUUCUAGGGGCCCUGGGUCAUCGCGCCCGGCCGGCCCCCUCCCCCGGGCCUGGAGGGUGUGUCCCCCGCACCCGGGCUCGCCGCGCCUAUAA